AGCGCUGACAGUGUCUUGUAAAUUCAUUUUCAAAUUAAUAUACAUAUUAUGUCGCAACUAUUCAACUAUUAUUUAAUUCGUAGUAUAACUAUGUAUUAUAGAAUUAGCAAAAUUAAAUUGAAAAGUUCAUCAAGAAUUUCUCUCUAUAAUGCUAUCGUACCUGAGUGAAUUACUGAACAAUUCGGUGACCAUGAUGACUGGCGCCGACCUGAGUGAGAACGAUAACGUACGUCAAUGUACCUCUAUUCCGCUGCUGUUGACCAAAUAAUGUCGUUGCCAACUAACACGCUUAUCAUAUCUUUAGUCCUGACUGACCUUUUUGACCUAACAGACUUGAUCAAUUGACAAAAAAAAAUCGCGAUAUAGUGGUUUAUUUUCAUAAAAAUACAUUUAAAGCUUGCUGGGUUAGUUGUAAAAUACAGCCAAUAAUUAAUAAUAGAGAGUGCAUAUACAGGUGACCGAUGAUCACGACAAUUAUUCAGAGUGGCAGAAACACCAUUAAACAAAGAGUUUUAAAUUAAAGAGCAUUUUAUUAUUCUAGCGAAUAUUUGCGGUAACUGACCAGCCGCAAGUGAGAAACGUGACUCACGCGUUAGCUUUGACUUUUUACUCCUCUCUGCGGAACCGUCGCAAUAAUCAAUGUUCGCGCCAUCUAUACAGUAGUUGCGCUUCGACUUAAUCUCACUAUCAAUUCAAUUCAGUUUAUUUCUUCGAAAAGGUCAUUUAAUAUAUAAAAUUAUAAAACCUACAAAGGAAAUUUAGGAGAAAUCAGGCAUUUGUUGUGUCAGCGAACAACCUGCUGAAACUCACGAUUAAAGCAGAAGCAAUAAUACCACCACUCUUAAUAGAGUGUGCGCGCUGCUCGGCAAAAAGUCUAUGAGGAAAUUGUCAUGGUUUUUGUUCCUAGCAUGCUAGAGCUGAUCAUAGAAGUUGCUUUUGAACGCGAUUUAUUAUUGCCUAUUUGUGAUGAAUAAUGAAAAUUUAAAAGUCCUACAUUGCGAAUAUCGCGUAAAAUAAGGAGACAACUCUGCGAUUUUUCUUAAAAUUUUUUUCCAGAAGUGCGUAAGUGUGAAUUAAAUUCAUUCUUGUUUGAUUCCCAAUCAAUUUUUUUAAGAUUUUCCCUGUAGAAGAAGUAAAUAGGAACAUGCAGAAUGAAAAAUGAAUUUUAAUUUAAAAAAUACAAAUCAUGGCAAGCAAAAAUAAUCUGAGAAAAAACGCUGUUAUUUAAAUCUAAGAAGAAAACGAUACGGCAAAAGCUGUAACAGGAAAUAAGGAAAAAAUUUCCGCCCUUAGACUUUUUUGAUAUUUCGAUAAACAUGUCCUUGUUCUGAUUCAUGCGUUUGCGAUUAGACUAAAAGACCAGAAGACGUGUGGGCCACUCCAAUCUUAUCUUAGUAUUCGCGGAUGAAAAACUUGCAAAGCUUGACUCCUAUCCAAAAAAUUAGUAACCCGUCGUAAUAGUCUUUGACGGAACGCCAUAAAAUAAUUAGUCCCGUUGCCUUAUAUUCUCAGACCGUGCCUGGUCAGCAAUGUGAGAAGAAACAAUGGACCCAAGCAAGCUGGACUUCAACAUCGAACUGCACCGCUACAUCUCCUUCCCUGCCGACUUUGAUGAGAGACACCCCGUCAACCGACGCGCCUUGACCUCCUCAGGAUUUUAUUUCGACAUUGAAAAAUAUCUACCGCGAUGCCACUACUGCAAUCACGAAGCCAGCAAUUUCAAAUCAAACCCUUUGGAAAUUAAUCUAUUGCACGAGAGGGGCAGUCCGGAUUGCCCUUUGCUCGAUGAGGAGGACGAAAGCGUAAAUAACUUCCCCAUCGCCAGCGUAAUCAAUUAUAAUUUUGAGGCUUACAGGCUAUUCACAUUUUUGGAGAAGAAAUUUCCGAAUAGUUCCGUUUCUCCAUAUGAGCUAGCCGCAGAUGGAUUCUAUUUUUUGGGAGUGGACAUCGACAGGUGCAGGUGUCACUUCUGCAACCUGGAGGUGAUGCAGUGGGAGGAUGAUGACUCGGCGCACACUGAGCACGAACGCUGGAAUCCUUUGUGUCCCUUCAUCAAAGGUUGCGCCUACAACAUCGCAAUCGGAAACGAAAUUUACGAGAACCGCAGGCCAAAUCGCUUCGAAACAGAAAAUGCAGCUCUGGCUAAAUAUGGAGCACUAAAGGUCAAGAGAAACAAAGCCACUGAAAAGUCAGAUUUGAAAGUCAGCGCUCGCACCCUAGGAGUUGUCACACCAAACUCUCCAUCAAACCCAGAAAUGGUUAACAUACAAAAGAGGCAGGAGUCAUUCAAAGAGUGGUCUGGUCAGAAUAAACCGUCUGUCGCAGAACUCAGUGCUGCUGGAUUUUACUAUACAGGCAAAGAAGACGAGUGCCUUUGUUUUUACUGCGGUCUGGGCUUGCGGGCGUGGGAGCCACAAAACCGUCCUUUGGAGGAGCACGAAAAGAUCUCGCCCAAAUGCGCCUACGUGAAGCUGUGCAAGCAACCUGUCGAACAGUCUGACCAGGAAGUUGGAAUGGGCUUCGACAAGCGGUGCAAGCAUUCUGGCUGUCCGCGCGAGGUCGAGACUGCUUGUCUACCCUGCGGCCACAUGGUCUUCUGUGAGCAGUGCGUGCAGGAACACGACCAGUGUCCAAAGUGCAACCGGUCUCUCGACUUUUUUCUUAAAAUUUUCGUUUCCUGAGUUUUAUAAUUAUUUAAAUUUGAAAGUAAGUGUAAAUAUAUGUGUGACAUGUGUGAGUAAAAUAUCUUGGACUAUGAUCGCAUUAAAAAAAAUAUAUUAAAUAUAGACUU